GAGUGGCCAGCGCUCGCCUCCUUCUCCAAGGCGAUCAAUCGGAUCUCAGGCAUACUACAAGCACUCUCUUACGUCGACGUCCACGGGAACAGAGCUGAUACAACAACACGGCUGCGCUCCAGCACCAAAUAUCUAUCCGCUUUCUGAACCAUGUCGCUGAGCCCAAAGCACACGACACCUUUCUCAGUGACAGAUAUUUUGAGCCCAAUUGAGGAGACUUACAAGAAGUUUGGUGGCAUGGAGAGCACUGGAAACCUCACAUCUCCACUGGGAGCGUAUCGGCAACCUCAGGUGUCCCAGACUGGCAUGCAGCAACACUCAAUGGGCCACAACGCCAGUGUGGCGACCACCUACCAUAUGCCACACUCGGUUUCUCAGUUUUCGCACAGUGCAAUGGGGGGCUACUGCAAUGGCAGCAUUGCCAACAUGGGGGACCUACCAUCUUACCAAGAAACUAUGAGAAACAGCGCAGCAGCAGCCACAGGGUGGUACGGCGCUAAUCCUGACCCCAGAUACUCAACAAUUUCUAGAUUCAUGGGACCUUCCACAGGUAUGAACAUGACAGGAAUGGGCACGCUGACAGGCAUGGCCGACACCACCAAAUCCAUCCCACCCCUUCACGCGGCUCCAAGGAGGAAACGACGGGUGCUCUUCUCUCAGGCACAAGUGUACGAGUUGGAAAGGAGAUUUAAGCAACAGAAAUACCUUUCAGCUCCGGAGAGGGAACACCUGGCCAGCAUGAUACAUCUGACCCCGACGCAGGUCAAGAUCUGGUUUCAAAAUCAUCGCUACAAGAUGAAACGACAGGCCAAGGACAAAGCAGCACAGCAGCUUCAACAGGAGGGCAACCUGUGUCAACAGCAGCAGUCGCCGAGGAGAGUGGCUGUCCCUGUUUUGGUAAAGGAUGGCAAGCCUUGCCAAAACGGCUCCAACACACCAACGCCGAACCAACAGCAAAUGCAACAGCAGCAGAACGGUUCCGGGGUCGUGCUUCCUACCUCGAGUAAUUCUAUGAACCAGCACCAAAACCAGCAGGUCAAUGCGCUGGUCCAGGCCCAGGACCUGGAGGAAAUGUCACCCAGUCCACCGUCACUCCACUCGCAAAUGAACACCAUGGGCCAGAUGGACACUACUGUAGAUUACGCAAAUAACAUGGUGACUUCAAAUCUGCUUUAUGGCAGAACGUGGUAAAACCAACCGCUUUCCCUGCCAUGGUCUUUUUUAAACAAACUUUAGAGUCCUCUGAAUAAAGACGCACGAGGCCAGAAGCAGGACUUUGCUUUACGCGCCAUGCGUCCGAGGUUUGAAAGCGGGUGAUAAAGCGGAUCAAAGGAAGUUUGUGCCACCUUUUUCUAAAAACACUUUUUGUGGGCACGAUUUUCUACAAAGACCCUGCUCGUAAUGGACAAGAUAAUACUACUUUUAGCCUUAUGCUGUAUGUUUUGGACUUCCCAUUUGUUGGUCUAGUAGAAGGUUGUCUGUCGUUAAACAAAAUUGCUGCUCCAGAACUAUGAUAUUGGCAGGAGACGGGAAGCAAUGUUUCAUAAUUCAGGUAUGAACUUCUGGCAAGAAAUGAGAAAAGUUCAUCGACCUAAAUAAAUGCCUGAGCAUCAUAUGAAACGACUAUUGUAAACUAAUGUAUUCAUUUAGAGAAAUGAAAUGUAGGGAUUGUAUAUUUGGCUAACUCUUAAGUUUUUGUUGUAAUAUAAAUGUUUGAGUCUUUUUGUUGCUCAUUUUUUCUUUUUUUUAUAUAAGUUAAAACAGACACAAAUACGAUGGCUGCUGUAUAUGUUUCAAACCAAUUGAACGAUACAAUAAAUAAAUAAAUUAAACUGCAAAUUAAUUUUGUGAACAGUAAUCUCUGUAUAUUUGUUACAUUAU